UCGGUAUGAGACACAACGGCUGCUGUUGUCAUUGGUGAAUCUCAGGAUUUUACAAGACAAGUCAAGAACAAUGGGAACGUGUCCAUCUCAUGAAAGCAGUGGUAAGGUGAGAAUCAGUCCCUCUCUACAUAAGAAGGAAAAAGAAUUUGUAGCCAAAAGAAGAAAAUUUGUUCUUAAAAGCCUGCAGAAACUCAACAUAAACUGCAGUAAGGAUAAAGUGCCAAACAUUGCAUUGCUGGGUUCUGGAGGAGGACAAAGAGCCAUGGUGGGUUUGCUGGGAUCUCUGGUUGAGCUUGAUAAAGCAGGUCUUCUGGACUGCAUCCUUUAUCUGAGCGGAGUCUCUGGAUCCACCUGGUGCAUGGCCUCCUUAUACCAUGAACCAGACUGGUCCACCAACCUAGACACUGUGAAAGACAAAAUCAUCAAGAGACUCAAUGGACCAGGAGUCAACGCGGGAGAUGCAUUUGCCCAAUUGUGUAAAUAUCAUAGGAAAGACUUCUUCAGCUUGACUGAUGUCUGGGCAGUGAUGGCUGUCACAGAAUUUGUGAAAAAGAUCGACAACUGCACACUCACAGAUCAAUGGAACAAGCACAAAAAAGUUCCGUUUCCCAUCUACACAGUGAUCGACAAGCGAUUCAAACAGCAAGGAGAAGAAGAUCUCAGCGAGAAAGAAACUUUCGAUUCCUGGUUUGAGAUCAGUCCAUAUGAAGCAGGUUAUUCCCUCAUCGGAGCAUUUGUGGACACCCCCAGCUUCGGCAGCCAGUUUGACAAUGGCUGUAAGAUCAAGAGCCAGCCUGAAAUGGACAUGCUGUACCUGCAAGCUCUGUGUGGCAGCGCUAUGGCUGAUGGUUAUAAUAACAUGAAUUACAUCUGGGAACAAAUAAAAGUUUACCUGUCUGAUUUAAUAUCUAAGAUCAAAAACUGGUUACCUAAGGAAAUAGACGAAGUUUUAAACUCACUUGUACAGAAGGGAACCAAGGUGCUCAUGGAUCUUGUGGACAUGAAUCUCUCUGUUUUGAGUGGCAAAGAUCCUUCUGAAUUUCACGAAUCCAUCAGAACAAAACUGAACGAGAUUGCUGAAAAAGGACAGCAGAUGUUUCAAGUGAAAAUACUGAAUUUUGCUGACAAAGAAGCUACAAAAUGGCAUAUUAAGAACUACACCUUGGAUUUAAUUGACUAUUUUAAUGGUUGGCUCAAUUUCUGGCCAUUCGAUGUUUUCUUGAGCACAUGUAGGUGUGUGUCUCUGUUCACCUGGGGCAGAAAAUAUGACUUUCUCCACAACAUGAAACAUAAAGCAGUGCCUGCUGCUCUUCUGGAAAGUGAGACGAGAGACUAUGAAGAUGCAGGACUGUUGCUGAACUCACCCUACUUCUCAGUGCUGAGAGAAGAAAGAAACAUUGACCUCAUCAUUUCCCUGGAUUUCAGUGAGGGCGAUCCUUUCGAGACGGUGAGAAAAGCUGCCACGAUGUGUGAAAACCAAAACAUCCCUUUCCCUGAUGUCCAGAUUCCCAGUGAAGACCUGGAGAAACCAAAGGACUUCUAUGUGUUCAAAGGCAAAAACGCUCCAACUGUGAUUCACAUCCCUCUGUUUAAUAAGCACAACUGUGGAGAGCCCUGGUUUGAGAUCAGUCCACAUGAAGCAGGUUAUUCCCUCACUGGAGCAUUUGUGGAAACAUCCAGCUUCGGCAGCCAGUUUGACAAAGGCCAUAAGAUCAAGGAGCAGCCUGAAAUGGACAUGCUGUACCUGCAAGAUAACAAAAUCUGUCACAACUCCUGGUUUGAGAUCAAUCCAUAUGAAGCAGGUUAUUCCCUCACUGGAGCUUUUGUGGAAACAUCCAGCUUCGGCAGCCAGUUUGACAAAGGCCGUAAGAUCAAGGAGCAGCCUGAAAUGGACAUGCUGUACCUGCAAGCUCUGUGUGGCAGCGCUUUAGCUGAUGGAGAGGAGAAUGCAAAAUUCAUCUGGGAAAAAAUAGAAGAUUUAAUGCCUACAAUAAAAUCAGAAAUGAUUGAGGAACUGAGGAAAGAUCCAAACUCCCCAUCUGUUUACCAGGUGCUCAUGGAUCUUGUGGAGAUGAAUCUCGCCUUUUUGAAUGGCAAAGAUCCUUCUGCUUUUGAUCAAAAAAUCAGAGAAACACUGACAGAGCUUGCUGGAGACAAACAUCACAUGAUUUUUCCAGGGGAAAAACUGAAUGUUGCUGAUAAAGAAGCUGCAAAACUGUAUAUGAAGCGAUUCACUGAGGAUGUAUGUACUGAUUUAAAUCAGUUACCUUCGGAGACUGCAGAUAUUAUCUUGAGAAUUUUUGUAUGCAUAUGUCAAUGGAUCUGGGGCAGGAAAUAUAACUUCCUCUACCAAAUGGCGGAUAAAGCCGUGCCUUCCGCUCUUCAGAAAAGUGAGACGAGAGACUAUGAAGAUGCUGGACUGCUACUCAGCUCAUCUUACUUCUCAGUGUUAAGGGAAGAAAGAUACAUUGACCUCAUCAUUUCCCUUGAUUUCUGCAACAAGGAAGCGUUCAAGACAGUGACUGACGCUGCUGAUAUGUGCAAAAAACAGAACAUCCCUUUCCCUGAAGUCAACAUUCCCGAUGAAGACGUGGACAACCCGAAGGACUUCUAUGUGUUCAAAGGCCAAAAUGCUCCAACCGUGAUUCACAUCCCUCUGUUUAAUGUGGUCAACUGUGGAGAGGCUCUUAAGGAAAUGAAGCACAAAUAUGAGACCUUUCAAGCUCCUUACAACACUGAGAAGAUCACUGAAUUAAUGAAAUUAGCUGGAAAAAACAUCUCAAACAACAAGGAGAAACUGCUGGAACAGAUUGGUGCAGUCAUUGAGCAGAAAAGGCAACAGCUGGCAUCUGAAAAUCAGUGGUGCACAGCGUUCUGAGAUGAGGCAAAGUCCUCACUGUUUGUUUUAAUGUUUUUCUUGAUGUAAAAUUAUGUUUCAGUUACUGCUGGAACAUUUUUCAGGUUAAAUAAAUGAACAUCACUUACACUUUCAAGGAAACAACAACUAUGUAACUAAUGUUCUCUUUAUUAAAACAAAAUAUAAUUAUCAUCAAGCUUUUUAAGCAUGGGUCAUAUUGCAUGCAUACUUUAUACUGUUCUUACCAAUAGUCAACUUAUUUUGGAACUAUUAGUUUUCAGAUUAUGUUUUCUAGUUAUUUCAAGUCUGAAUGUGAUUUUAAGUGGUGAUAUCUAAGUGAGUUGCUGGCUUACCUUUUAAUUAAUCUUGUCAUGAACACAUUAUUUGUUCAUUCAGAUGGAUUUGCAGAUGCAGAACGUGCAUGGAAUUGAGAGGUGGGGUUUAACAGGACAAUAACAGCGUGAUUUGUUUAAUGUCUUGCAUGUUUCAGUCUCUUCCUUCAUGCACAACUUUCAUUAAGCAAACAUUCAUAAUCAUUAAUAAUCAAAUCAGCCAUAACACAGAUGUGAUUACAGUUAUGAUUGCUGAUUCAAAUAUUGUAUUACUCCGUUUCUGUACCAAUUAAUUAAUAAAUUGUUCUUUUAAAACA